CUUUGCGCCCCCAGACGGCCAGGGUCUCUCAUGAGGCUUUUGGAAGUCUCCUCUUCUAAUUUGGCACGUGGAGAGGCCACCAGAUCGAUACCCCGAGCGAGGCGUGGACGGCCGCCCUCUCCGGCGUGGACUCUUCCCACCUUUAUUUUAUAUUCUUAUAUUCUAUUCUAUUCGGAGUGGCAAAUCCCCAAGAUAAAAUCCCAAGCUUCCGACUCCUCCCCACGGAGUAUAUAAGUCCACCAUUUUUCCCCAAACGGACCAUAACAAACCCAACUCCUCUUCUUUCAUCUGCUUCCCUUUCUUUCUUCUCCUACCGAUGGGCAUGAACCAGUGGUGCAGAGGCCGGACCAUCGGCCGCGGCUCCUCUGCUACGGUCUCCCUCGCCACCGUUCCUGUCUCCGGCGAGGUCUUCGCGGUCAAGUCGGCAGAGCUUUCUCGCGCCGGGCUGCUUCAGAGGGAGCAAAGAAUCCUCUCUAAUCUGAAUUCUCCUCACGUCGUCUCCUACCUCGGCUUCGAUGUCACCUCCGAGAAAAAUGGUCUCUACUACAAUCUCUUCAUGGAGUACGCCGCCAGGGGCUCGCUCUCGGACGAGAUCAAGAAGCAGGGCGGCCGCCUCGACGAGCCGACAAUCCGGUCCUACAGUUACCAAAUCCUCCUCGGGUUGGACUACCUCCACUCCAGCCGCAUCGCCCAUUGCGACGUAAAGGGGCAGAACGUCCUGAUCGGGUCCGACGGCCGCGCGAUGAUCGCCGACUUGGGGUGUGCACGGUGGGUGGCCGGCGACAAAGACGGUUAUGACGAUGAUAACGGUCUCCAAUUGAGGGGGACGCCGAUGUUCAUGGCGCCGGAGGUGGCGCGAGGGGAGGAACAGGGGAUCCCGGCCGACAUAUGGGCGUUGGGGUGCACCAUCGUGGAGAUGGCCACCGGGCAAGCGCCUUGGCCCGAAGUCUCCGAUCCAAUCGCCGCUCUCCACCGAAUUGCCUUCUCGUCCGACGUGCCCGAGCUACCGAGCUGGAUCUCGGACGAGGGGAAGGACUUCUUGGACAGAUGCUUGAGAAGAGAUCCCAAGGAGCGGUGGACGGCGGAGCAGCUUCUGAAGCAUCCGUUCGUGGCUUCGUCGGCGAAUUGCCUCUCGAACUCGGAUUCAACUCGCAAAUGGAUUUCUCCCAAGAGCACUCUCGACCAGGCCUUCUGGGAGUCGUUCUCAGACGAAUACGAAGAAGAAGAAGAAGAAGAAGAAGGAAACUCAUCAAACGAUCCAUUGGAUAGAAUUCAGCUUCUCGUCGGCGGUGGCGGCACCGUCAGCGGUCCAAACUGGACAUGGGAUGACACCUGGAUGACCAUCAGAACCGAUGCCAGAGAAGGCGAGAUCGUUCCAGAAACAGAGGAGGAUAAGGUUCAGAUUCCAGUGGACGAGCCCACCAGCGGUGACUCACCGACGAAUUCGGGUAUCAGCAGAAGCGGCGAAUUUAACAUCACUGGCAGCGGCGGUGGAAGCAGCAGCGAAGAAUUCAUCUUAAGCACUAAUCACAUGGAUACGGAGGAGGAUUACCUUCUAAAUCCACUUAAUUAUUAUAGUUUUUCCACUAACGAUUUUAAUUGUAACAAUUCAAGUUUAGUACUCCAUGAUGAGGGAAGCGAGAAGCAGUUCCCCAGCUGUAAAAGAGAUGUCAUUACCGUCGGUAAUGAUAAUUCUAAUCCAAUAAAUCAGAAGCAAGAUAUUCUAUUUGAGUUGUUAAAUUGGUGCUUUCCUUUGUAUCUAGUUGGCUCUUUGCUUUUGUCUUUACCUUUUUGUUCUUUUCCAAGGGAGGUUUUGACGGAAGGGUGAGGAGAUGAACCGAAA